GCAACCGGUCCCAACACACACGGAUCUAGAGCGAGUGAACAGAACAUCCCCUAAUUCCGACCCACCGCUAACCCGGGAGGGAAAACGAUCGAAAACACCAGUCUUCUGCUCAACCAACACCGACUACCAUUUUUACGCAUGUAACCACGAUCUCUCCAGUGACGUUACCGUUGGAUGUGGGGUUGGAGGCUACUCGGAUACAAUCUGCUAGUUAUUUUCACUGCAGUAAAACGGUUUGCUCCGAUCCUCCCCCCGAGACACUGAUUUGAGAGGGAAGCAGCGCUAUGCAGCUGGCAGACUGACCAGUCACGGACACGGCGAGGGGAUCUCUGCAGUGGACGUGUGAAUGUGCGUAGUUUACCCGCAUGCAAAGUUUAGCCUAUUAGUAUUACGCGCUAUAUUUCACAGAAAAAGGAAAUCUUCGAUUUUUGUGAACAUAUUCAUUUGAUUAUUAGAUCGGCUAUAAUUAUUUUGGGGGGGCUGUUUUCAGCGCACUGUUGUGUUGACGCCAUUUUCCUCGGGUCUUUCUAUAAAAAAUAUUCUUGCUCCAUUUGACAGCUAUCCAGGACGCUGUCAGUGCAGACGGCAGGUUCAGUACAUGUGACUACAUGGAUUUUAAAUUAUCUUGAUAACAUAUUUACACGAUAGACUCGAGUGUUCGAAAACAUUGGACAUGGUUUGGCCUUGUUGGAUUACAUGUGUUCCUGUGGGACAACCAAUCCAGAAGCAGUAGCUACCGUUCCUAAGGCAACCCACUCUGACGGACAGCCACUCUCUGCAAACCUAUUGGCUAGCUGCCACUGCUCUCUGGAUCCUGACUGGUUCUGGCGGGAGCGUGGAUGGAGUCGAGGGAUCUGGUUGGCUCAGCCCGACCCAAGGAGGCGGAAUUAGGAGGUGGAAGGGCUGAGCCUGAAGAGCAAGAACAGGAAAGGGCGGGUCUGGGGCCUGCGUCGCGGGGUGAUGAGGUUAUUGGUGACGUGAUGAGUGAGCGCUGGGGGUCCCAGGGGGAAGGGGAGGGGCUAGAGGAACAGGAGUUCUCCAUUAAAGAAGCCAGCUUCCAGGAGGGGAGUCUGAAGCUGAAGAUCCAGACCACCAAACGCACCAAGAAGCCCCCCAAGAGUCUGGAGAACUACAUCUGUCCCCCGGAGAUCCGGAUGACCAUCAGACCCCCCUCAGGGGAGGGCCGAGUGGGCCGGCUGGGGGGCCGCGCAGCGCAGGAUAAGGGACCCCCUAGGAAGAGGACCUAUGAGAGACCCUUCAGAGCAGCAGAACCUAGAGAGGGGGGGCUACUGCAACUGCUUGGGGAUGUCACCCCCCCGAAACACCAGUCCAAGCCCUCUAUCCUACACACCACACCAUUGCCCCCACACACACUCACACACCAACCCCAACAGCAACACACACAGCCACUACAACUCACACACCAACAUACACACAGUCCAGCCUGGGCCUCGCCUCCCUCUGCAUCCCCAGCCAAUCCAGUGCAUGCUGAGCCCAGCAGAGAACCAGCGGGAGCCAAUAGGAGCCCUCUCUCUGAUCUGGCCCCUUCCUUCCUAAAACCUCCAAUGAAGAGAGUCCCAGGAAGCCCCUCCCCUCGCUCUUUCAGCCCCUCUCCCCACCGACCCCUGAGCCCUGAUCCUGUGUUGCCCGUAGUAACUGACGCCAGCAUUCUGAACCUGACCUCUCUCUCCAGAGGACGGGGCUUACAGGAGGUCAGUGAGAAGCUGUUUGGAAACAUCAAGAGGAAGUACGGCAGGAAGGACCCCCAGAGGACUCUGGGUAAUACCCAGAAUGCUGAGUUGCCAUGGGGGAGGAUGGCAGAGAAAGAUGCAGAGAGUCUGAUAGUUCUGGGUGAACGGCAGGAGGAGACCCCUGAGCUGGAGAGAGAUGAGAGGGAGAGCAUAGGGAGGACAGGAGAGGAGGAGGAGAGGGAGAUGCCAACGCUUGGUGCUCCUGAGCUGAUGGAGGAGGGAACAGGGAGGAAAAGGAGGAGGAGGCGGUGUCUCCAGGAGUCACUCACCCAGGAGGACCAAUCAGAGCAGCUGCAGGGCACUGACAUCACAGAGAGGAGCGAAUCAGGGCCUCCAGAGCCCAAAGUGGCCCACAAGAUGGAAGGCAACAAGAUGGAGUCUCAUAAAAGAGAGUCCCACAAGAUGGACUCCCACAGGAGUGAGUCUCGGUCAGGACGGGGUGAGGAGGGUAGCCAGCCUGAGGCAGACGGGGAUAGAGGAGAGAGAGGGGAGAAAGGAGAAAGAGCAGAUAAGGGAGAAAGAGGAGACAGGGCAGAGAAAGGAGAGAGGACAGAGAUGGGAGAGAGAGCGGAGAGAGGAGAGUGGGUGAUGAGUGGGGCCGACAUGGAAUCAGCCAUGAUCCAGAGCCGGGUGAGGAAGAACCCAGUUUGUCAUCCUAGAUCAGCCACAGACCCCCACAAACACCCUGACCCUAACCCUAGCCCCAGACUGCCUAGCCCUAACCCCAACCAUAUCCCUAGUUCAAGAUCCAGCCUCACUCCUAACCCUAGACCGCCCAACCUAAGCCCCAGCUUUAACCCUAACCCCAAAACAAGCCUAAAACCCAGCCCUAUCCCCAGCCCCAGACCCCCCAAGACCAAGGACCGGUGGUCCUACCUGAAGUCCCGAAGCCCCCCCAACCUAGUCCAGAGGGAGAGUGGCCGCAGCCCCCUGUCAGUUAUGUGUGAGCCCCCCUCUGCCUUCCCCAUCACCCCCUCCAGCCCCCUGUACACCAACACAGACAGUCUGACUGUCCACACCCCCACCAAGCGCAAACGAGGUCGUCCCAAAAAACAACCCCUGCUCACUGUGGAAACCAUCCAUGAGGGCACCUCCACCUCCCCCCUGAGCCCUUUAGCCCGGGACAGCUCCGCGGGGCUCAGCCGCAGGAGAAAGACCGCGAUUUCCCAAAUCGCAUCUGGUUCCACUAGCCCCAAUGCUAAUGGGUUGAAACUGAAGCACGGUGAGGGAGCCCAUGUCAGGCCGGUGAAGAGGCUGAAGCUGGGGAAGGUGCAGAGCAUCCUGAAUGAGAUACUAUCAUGCUCCAGCCAACAUGGCAGCCUGGCGCUGAAGUCCGCCUCGGCUCCCGUCUCUUCUGCCAUGACGGUCAUGGCCUCUACCAUUGAGGCUCGUCUGGGGAAGCAGAUCAACGUCAGUAAAAGAGGAACCAUCUACAUUGGGAAGAAGAGGGGGAGGAAGCCGCGCUCUGACACCCAAACCCUUCCCCCAAGAGGUGGGGGGGCCAAGCCCUCUGUGCCUGCCUCCAUGUCCAGCCUGUACAACAGUCUCUUAGUGCCUUCCACCCCCACUCUCAGCUCCACUACCCUCCUCCUCAGACCCCACACCCUGUCCUCUAUGUGCCACCCUGGCCCUCACGGCCCCCACUCUGACGCCACCAUGCCCAGCCUGCAGCCCAUCAGUGCCCUGCCCUCUAAACCCCCAGGCAGGGGGCUACUGGGGGCCGGCUGGAAGCUGUCUCCCCCGCGCCUCCUGGCCAACUCCCCGUCCCACCUAUCUGAGGGGGCGGCGUCCGUCAAGGAGGUGACGCUGUCACCCAUCAGCGAAUCACACAGCGAGGAGACUAUUCCCAGCGACAGCGGCAUAGGAACGGACAACAACAGCACCUCUGACCAGACAGAGAAGGGGACCAACGCACGACGCAGAUACUCGUUUGACCUGUGUGGGUUUGAGGCUGCGGAGGCUGCCGUUCUGGAGGCGUCCAGUCGCGGCAGUAGGGGUCGCUGUGAGCAGCCGGCAGUGGUGGACAGCUUUCUGUCCCAGCAGGAGAAGAAGCAGAAACACCGCAGGAAGAGGAAGUGCCUGCAGAGCCGUGACCACCUGCACUUCCUGUCUGAGCUAGAAGAGGUGGUGGUGAAGCUGCAACAGCUACAUGUGUCUCACCGACGCUACGCCUCCUGCUUCCCCCAGCACCCCUACCCCUCCAUCUUCCGCCUCAACUUCCACCAUCUCUACUACCCCCUGACCUAUGACCCCUACCCCUGUGACCCCGCCCCGUACCUUCGCAGGACCGCCGAGCUCAAGGCGAAGAGGAGGCGCGGCCGGCCCGCCAAAGCCAGCGAGCCAAUCACGUCCAAGCUGCCUUUUGUCCAGGGGUUUGGAUAUCCGCUGGCGGGGGGAAACUACUAUGCACCAUAUACCAUGCCUUAUGCCCCGCCUCUGAGCCUGGGCUACUACCCACCAUCACCCCCCGUCUACCUUCCCCACCAUCCCCACAGCCCUUCACCACCCUCCCCCUUCAUGAGGCCUGCCGUCCCCCCUCCUAAGUUCCACUCUGGGGGCCACUCCAAACUCCAGGCGUCUAGCGGCCCACUGCAGGGCUCCUCUGGUCGGGGAGAAGGACUGGGAUCCCUGGGUGGUGGAGGUCUUGGAGGGGUACGGCUCCACAAGAGGAAACACAAGCACAAACACAAACAUAAGGAAGAGACCAACCUCCUCUCACCCCAUGACAGACAGGAGCUGGGCGGGCUCUUCAGCGGUGCCAAGACCAAUGGGCUGCUCAACCUGCUGACUGACAGGUGGGAGAUGACCAACCAGAAGCGUCAGGAGAAGCAGAGGGGGGGUGGGAGAGGCUCUAGAGGAGGAUCCAGAGGAGCGAUGUUUGAGUCGAACCCUCCCUCUUCUCUCUCUAUGGACCAUGUCCAGUUCCGCCAACGCACGCCCGGAGAGCCAGUGAACAGCUUCGUGAGCAGUUACAGUAGCCAAUCACUGCGUCCAGAGCUGACCUCGGACCUUUUCAGAUUGCGGGAGGAGAAGGAGGAGGGCAGUGGGCGUGGCAGAAGGAGGGGCUUAGCAGUGUUCGGAGAGGAAGGGGUGAUGUCGUUCCACAAUGCCAGGAAAGAGAAGAUCCAUGCAAGAGAAGAGUCCUUCCACAAUGCCAGUCCCACUCAAACAGGUGUUCCAGGUAAGAGGAGGUAUAAGCGUCAUGAGGUGGAACAGAUCCACGGUGAGGUCAGGAGGAUGUGUUCUCUCAACAAUGUGCUCAACAAUCAGAGGAACUUUGAGCACGUACAGAAGAUCCUGCGUGUGAAGCGUCUCCAGCGCCAGGCCAAGACCGGCAACAACGUUGUCAAAAGGCGACCUGGUCGCCCCCGGAAACACCCCAUUGAUGAAUCUGAACCCAACAAUUACGGGAGCGACAUAGGGAGGGGCUUCGGGAUGCCGGUGCUGGAGAGGUGUGUGGACCUACCGGGAAGGCGGAGCUUAAGACCAAGUCCCGCCCCCCAGCCUCUGGAGUUUUCCAAUCACGACUCGAUCUCGGCGGCUAUUGAGUUGGUAGUGCACCGAGCACGCUCUCUGGCGUCCCCUCCGACCAGAGGAGGGAAACGCAGGGGUAGACCCAGGAAGGAGGAGGGAGGGGAUAUGGCCUUCCACUAGCUAAUCAGACAGCAGAACAGUUGCAGAUACAGAUGAGCUCUGGCCUAUCAGAGAGCUGGUGAGAGGAGCUAACACUGGCCUUAGCAGCCAAAACAGACGUCAAUGCUGGGACCUCUGUGCACUUUGACCUAUUGGCCUGUCUGUUUCUUUUCUAUGAUUGGAUGUAAGGAGUGUGACUGCAGUAGGUCUCUAUGGAGUAACAUUAGAAGGGGAGCACUGUUGCACUCUGAACGAGUGUGCCUCUGAGGACUGACAAUGACUCUUACCAUACAUGUAUGUGAUACAAUGAUCCGUACGGUACUAUAAUAUGAUACUGUAUGGUACUUUAUGGUACAAUAUCUGAUACUAUAUGGCACUCUUUGAUAAGGUACUGUAUGAUACUAUGGUACUAUACGGUAUGAAAUACUAUGGUACUUUAUGAUAGUCUUUAUCUGAAUGUGGCAUUAGCCACACCUUUACCAGCAGACGGGGGGUGUUGAUUGGUUAAUAUGAUAUUGUGCAGCUCUGCUUAGUUUUGCCUUCUCUAAGGAAACUAGUCAAAGAUCACCCACCUUACCCCUCUCACCUCUUAUCCCUUACCCCUCAAACCCCCACCCUUAUCCUCCCCCAUUAGCCAGACCCCACCCUUAUCAACCCCCCGCCGCAGAGAUACUAUAAAGGCAAUAUGUUGGACUGAGUCUCCCUGGUCUUUACAGCUAUGAUCUAACUGUACAUAGGAACAUACUCCACUUUCACACCGCCUUUUACCCCGCGUUUAAUACAGUCAAUUUACAUGUACUGGCUCAUAUCAAAUUGAAAUGUUGUACCAUAGUCCAUAAACGUUGGGAUUGUUGUUUUAUAACCAAAAAUAGACCUGGAUGUGACUCAAGACAUGUUUGUUUUCAGACUGAAGGAACCACAUCUAUUCAUUCAUUUAUUCUGUGUAUAUGAGGUCAUCACAUACAUAUGAAUAUCAGGGGUGUUUGGUGAAACCUUAAAGGUCAACUUUGGGCCAAAACACAAAAAGAACAACUUUUAACUGUAUAACUGAUCAAUGCUCCAUUAUACCAGGUCUUUUUUUUUUUUUUGGGGAUAAAUACGAUAUUUGGCUAAAGAAGUGCAAUUUCCUACCGAUCUCUACAGUCGUGGUCAAAAGUUUUGAGAACGACACAAGUAUUAAUUUUCACAAAGUCUGCUGCCUCAG